AGAGGCUAAGAUGCAGAGAAUUCCUCCUUUCGGCCACGCCGGAGAGCGAGCAAAAUGCCGUGGAGCCCGGCGGAUACACCGACGGCGGCAUUUCUAAGAGAUUGUGCGAAAAAUCUCAGCUUUAGUAGCUAUUCUAUUGUCGACGCCAAAACCCUCAAUUGCUUAAAUACCCACAAAGCCAAAUUACUAAAGACUCUCCCACUUGCAAAAGUAAAAUCACUGGAUCAAGAAAUGCGCAAUCUCGGAGAAAAGGAGAGCACUGCAAUAGACACAAUUACUCCAAACCAGAGUGUUACUGAUGGAGAAACCCUUGUUUCUGGUCAAAAAACCUUUGAGUUGGGAUUCUUCAGUCCUGAUGAAUGGUCUCCAAAAAAGCGUUACUUAGGCAUAUGGUUCUAUGGAAUUCAGCCACAGACGGUUGUUUGGGUUGCCAACAGAGACAAACCAGUUCUGGAUGAUCAGGGAGUUUUUGUUAUGAGAAAUAAUGGAGAGCUCCAAGUUAUGGAUGGGAAAGGAAAAAUUCAUUGGUCUUCAAAUUCAACUGCAGAAUCAUCAAGGGUUUUACCAGCUAAUGCUACACUCAUGGAUAACGGGAACUUAGUUCUGCAACGAGGUAAGGAUAUCCUAUGGGAAAGUUUCUUGGAAGAAAGUAAUACAUUUCUUCUGGGAAUGACUAUGGAAAAUAAAUUUCUCAGAGCUUGGAAGAGCGACAGUGAUCCAGCCCCUGGAAAUUUCACUUUUGGGGUAAAUAAAGGAUGGAACCAGUUUACGAUACAUAAGGGUUUUUCAGAUCUCUACUGGGAGAGCGGUUGGUCACAGAAUUCAAUGAAUUUCAACGAGAUGCCUAAUUAUUUGCUCAGCAUCAUGUUCAAAGUACGAAGUUUAACUCUAAAUACUUCCAGACUGGUGAUGAAUUCAUCAGGCCAAAUAGUGUUCCAGAAAUGGGAAAAUAUUUUGGGUUGGUACUCAAUUUGGAAAGGACCAGAAGAUGAAUGCAGUGUGUAUCAAGUCUGUGGGGACUAUGGUGUUUGUAACAGUGUUCCAAAUGAGCUGAAAUGCAAAUGCUUAGAAGGGUUUGUGCCAAACUUGAAGGAACAGUGGCAAUCCGGAAACUUCUCUGGUGGGUGCAGGAGGAAAGCACCUGAAGGCUGCAGUAAGAGUGACUACUUUGUGAACAUAAGCUUGGCCAAAGUUUGGUAUCCAGAUGAUCCUUUUCCGGCCAAUAGUAAGGAAGAAUGCCAGGAAGGGUGCCAAAGGAAAUGCUGCAAUGCUUACUUGUUUCAACCUAUCCAAGGUCGAUUGGCAGAGUCAUCUACCUGCUGGACAUGGAGCAGGGAUAUAGCUCUGAAGGAUCUCAAGAUCAGUAAUACUGAAGUAGGAGGAAAUUUAUGGGUUCGUGUAGAGAAUAAUACUGCUGCUUCAGGGAAAUGCGACACACAAAAUACAUCAUGCACACAACCAGAGCACACCUGCAAUUUACUGGAAGAUUGCAAGCAAUGGCCCAAUUCGACCUGCCAGCUUAAUGCGGGAGGGAAUGGAGGGGGGAGUUGCGUUUGCAUUACAAGCUUCCAUUGGGAUUCCAAAGCUUGUGUUCCUGAUACUGAUGUUUCCUCACAACAUGGCAUGCCAUUGUUGUUCAUAAUUCUUUUAAGUACCAUAGCUGGAAUGGUUCUCACAGCUUUUGUUGUUGUUGGAAUUUGUUGUUUCUGGAGAAGAAUGGCUAUAAGCAAAGGUCAAAGGUAUUCAACAUUUCAGAACCAAGAAAGUGAUCAUGGUGUGAAAGAAUUACUUGGAUUUGAUGGGUUCCCAGAAGACAAGACAAAGAGCAUAGAUGUUCCAUUUUUCAGUUUUGAAAUGAUUGUAGCUGCUACAGAUGAUUUCUCUGUUUCUAAUAAGCUUGGACAAGGUGGAUUUGGGCCAGUAUACAAGGGCAAGUUCCCUGGGGGAAAGGAAAUAGCAGUGAAGAGGCUCUCAAGGAGUUCUGGACAAGGCCUGGAGGAAUUCAAGAAUGAAGUCGUAUUGAUUGCCAAACUCCAACAUAGGAAUCUAGUACGACUUCUUGGUUAUUGUAUGAAAGGAGAUGAAAAGAUGCUGAUUUAUGAGUACAUGCCCAAUAAAAGCUUGGACGCCAUUGUCUUUGAUCCAGAGAAGUGUCAAUUGUUAAACUGGGAAAUGCGGCACAACAUUAUACUUGGAGUUGCUAGAGGACUUUUGUAUCUUCAUCAAGAUUCUAGGUUGAGGAUUAUUCAUAGAGAUUUGAAGACCAGCAACAUUCUACUAGAUGAGGAAAUGAAUCCUAAAAUUUCUGACUUUGGAAUGGCACGAAUAUUUGGAGGAAAACAAGUUGAAGCAAAUACAACCCGAGUUGUGGGCACAUAUGGCUAUAUGUCCCCAGAAUAUGCAAUACAUGGACUUUUCUCAAUAAGAUCUGAUGUCUUCAGCUUUGGGGUUGUUGUUCUUGAGAUCAUAUCUGGGAAAAGAAAUGCAUUAUUCUAUCACAAUGAACAAGCCGUAACCCUUCUAGGAUAUGCUUGGAAACUUUGGUAUGAAGACACAGGAUUGGAUCUGAUGGAUCCAUCUUUGCGUGAAGACUAUAAUGAAGGACAGGCUCUGAAGUGCAUCCAGAUUGCACUGUUAUGUGUACAAGAUGAUGCAGCUGAUCGACCAACUAUGACUGAGGUAGUGUCCAUGCUUUCUAGUGAAACCGUUGCUGUUUCCAAUCCUAAACAACCACUUUUUUUCAUUAAAGGGUUCUCCAAGAGCCUUGCUUCUUCCAGCAAUCAAGGAACUCACUCUAACAACGAACUAACCAUCACUUUUGAGGGUAGAUAAUGUAUACUAUUGAGAUCGUAUCUGCUAUCCAAAAAUAAGAUGAAUUAUGUGGAUGCAUCUGAACUGUAUUUAUGGAUUUUCAUUAUAGUUUUCCUCUUGGCUAAGGGUCUCCCCCGUCUCCAUCCAGAGUACCUACCAAUUCUGGUUUGGCUAAUUGUCGGGAUCUCUGGCUUAGCAGUUAAUGCAAAUUGAUUUAGGAAUGAAACAGAAUGAUGUAUGGAUGGAGAGAAGGGAGUGAUUACUUUUGAGAGCUUGAAGAGGAACUCUGUGUUGCAAGAUAUGAGCAAUGAGGAAGUGGUUUGCAUGUUGAGGGAAGGUGACUUGAAUGGAGAUGGAGCUUUGGAUGAAAUUGAGUUUUGUCUCAUGUCCAGGCUGUGUUCUACAUUGAUGGGGUGUUGUAGGAAUUUGAUGGUAGAGUUUAUUAUUAAUGAAAUGUAAAGUUCUUU